CAGUCAGUAAUCAACACAGUGUGAUAUAGUAUUGUAUAAUUCUUAGUUACAGUGGAUAACAUUCUAAUAUUUAUAUUUGUAUUUAAUUUUGAUUGUUAUGGGUAAAGUGAGAAGACUUAGAAGAAAAUCCAACAUUUCAUCUAGAUCUGGAUCGAAUCCGGAAAAUUGGCAUUCAGUUUCCACUGAUCAAGGUUCAUUAAAAUUAACUUUAUCCCAGCCAUUUCAAAAUGCCUUUGAUGUAGGCUUAGAAAAUAUAAACAACAAUAAGUCAAGUAACGACGUUCACAGUGUAAAAUUAUUUAAAUUGAUAACAACAGAGAGUUCUAGGAAGUCAAUAUUACCCAAAAGACAAAAAUUGAAGCUGCGGCGGCAAAUGUUAUUAAAAAAAAUCGACAACUUUAAGCAAGUGAAGAAACAAGCAAAUUUAAGAAAGAAGAAAAAUAAUGUUAUUCUUGGUGAUUUAAAUUCGCUUCAUGAUGCUUUACCUGCUUUAGAACCUUUAUUAAAGGAUAAUAGAAAGUAUACUGCUCAUAGAGCACGAAAGCAGAGAGCUGUGAAAAAGGCAAAACACAGACAGACAGAGUUGAUAAGAGGGGUCAAAUUAUUUAAGCAGAUCUUGGGCAAUGAAGUUUUCCAGAAAAAUCCUUUGGGGACAAUUAGUCAGCACAUUCAAGUAAUGGUGAAGAAAGAACGAGAAAUGGUCAAAAAUUAAGCA